AUGGAAAACUUAGAUCAUAUACUAUGGAUGAACCCGCCGCGUAUUAAAGGUGGUCCUGAGGCACUUGAUAGAACGCUGAGGGAUUUUAAAAAUAAUGAUCGCCCAAUGGGCGGAGUUGUUAUUCUUUUUGCUGGUGACUUUAGACAAAUAUUGCCAGUUGUACCUAAAGGCACUAAAAGCGGUGAAAUCAACGCCUGUCUUAAGUCAUCAUAUCUUUGGUCUUACAUAACAUCAUUGAGAUUAACAACCAAUAUGCGUAAUGAUGAGGAUAGCAUGAUACACAUAAAUUCUACAUUUGCGAUUUCGGUUCUUGAUCAAAAUAACUUAAUCAACGAAGUUUAUCCUGAAAUUUCUCAUCUUUCCAAUAAAUCAAAUGAAUGGCUCCGUGAACAUGCAAUUUUGGCCCCUAAAAACGACACCGUCAACAUCAUAAACGAAAAAGUUCUUUCCAUGUUCGAAGCUGAUAAAAAAAAACUAUAUUUCCAUAGAUACACUUACUAA